ACUUUUGGAAUAAAAAAAUCAAAAAUCAAAAUUCAGAUCUUUCCUCUUCAUAUCUCCCUCCUCUCUCCAGAUUCCAGAAUAUCACGUACUUACUUGGUGGUAUCAGAAAUCUACGAUUUUUCUGGUGAGGGUUUUGAGGUGUGGAGCUAGGGCUUUUGCUGCUAGAUAGUUGAUUUUUCAAUUUUCCGCAGCAGAAAUGGGAAAUGCGUCGGAGAAUUUCGAUAUUGAAGAUCUCAUGUCUUAUGGAGACGAUUUGAUCAACUUAUUGAAUGUUAAGAAUGGUUUUGAUAUUAUAUCUCAAAGUUCUGAGCAGUUCAAAGCUCUCAAUUUUGCUUGCCAUGAGGAUUUCAAUCAGAUACAAGGCUCUAUUGAAGAUUGUAAGACGAAACUCUAUGCUUGUAAGAAGAAAACUGAGGAAGCAUAUUCAGAUAUUGCGGCUGAAGAUGAAAUUGAACGUCUUCAGAAAGAGCUUGACGAAGAGAUGGAACGGGAGUUCAAGCUAAAAGACGAGCUUAGACUAGUCGCUGAUGAACUCAAGGACCUGAAUGCUCAAUUGUCAUCGAUAGAUGAACAUAAGCAAUCUACAAAGAGAAAAGUGAGGGACGACUUGAGAGCUGAGAAAAAGCUAUCAAUGUAUGCUUCUGUCACGAACGUUAUACCGGACAUUGAUGAUCCAUCAAAGAUCUCAGGCUAUAUGGUAGAUCGUGAAAAGAGGCUAAUUGAGAAGUUUCAAUUCGAGACAAAUAAGAUGACGGCAUACGAGACAUGUAACAGUAUCUGGAGCAUCAUAAACAAACAAUAAACAUACUUGGCACCACUUCAUUUGUAUGAUAUAUGUGUGAGCAGUCUUGGUUUUAGCUUAGCAACCAAAAACCUCUUUAUCUACCAUCAGUUCCGUUGAUGUAAACACUUUCUACUUUACUUAACUUUGGAUUUUUGUUAUAUGAUUUUGAAUUUUCUUCUCCUGUAACAUCAUCAUCAAUCUAAGAUUUUUCCCCCUGCAAGUUUCCGUGUUCAUGUUGCAGCUGCUCCUGCCGUUUUCCUGAUCGUUUUUUGCUGUGCAGAUUGAUGCACAAGUUCAGAUUUAGGUUGUACAAAUUCUAAAGGAACAGAAGUGCAGUUUUUUAGUUUCUAUGCUUUCAUUAUAUUCUUAAACGCCUUUCAUAAGGAUUUAAUGAUUUUGAAUCCAAAUCUUGGUGGCCUAGCAAACUUUGGGAUUAUUACCUAGCUUCUCUUCUGAACUGUGGAACCUGCUUAGUGUCUCCACUGAACCAUUGAACUUGUUAGGGUUUGCCAUUUUUCUGUCUUAUAUUGGGGUAGAUUUUACAGGCCAGAGAACUCGAUCCAAUUUAGCGAGAGUGUACACAGUACACACUAUGAAGUUAUAAUUUUGUUGUCCCUGUCUCUUGAAAACAGUCACAGUCUCACAGAGAUACAAAUCCUCAUAGCCA